UAAGCGGAGCAGACCAAAAUCCCAAACAAGGAAAUGGUGGGGGAAUAAAACGACCAGAUUAUUUAAUUAAUGCAUGUAAUAAUUAAUAUUUUAUUUUAUUGUAAAUUAAGACGUAUUUAUGGGUUAAAAUGGAUUACGACUUCAAAACAAAGCUGGCGGCAGAGAGAGAGAGAGUAGAAGAUCUGUUCGAAUAUGAAGGUUGCAAAGUGGGUCGAGGCACCUACGGGCACGUUUAUAAGGCUAAGCGCAAAGACGGGAAAGAUGAGAAGGAGUAUGCACUGAAACAAAUAGAAGGCACUGGAAUAUCGAUGUCCGCCUGCAGGGAAAUUGCUCUCUUACGAGAACUGAAACACCCGAAUGUGAUCGCCCUGCAGAAAGUGUUCUUGUCCCACAGCGACAGAAAGGUUUGGCUCCUCUUUGACUACGCCGAACACGAUCUUUGGCACAUCAUCAAGUUCCACCGCGCCUCCAAGGCCAACAAGAAGCCCAUGCAGCUGCCCCGAGGGAUGGUGAAGUCUCUCCUGUAUCAGAUUCUGGAUGGGAUCCAUUACCUCCAUGCCAACUGGGUGCUCCACAGGGAUCUGAAACCGGCGAACAUCCUGGUGAUGGGGGAGGGUCCCGAACGAGGAAGAGUCAAAAUUGCUGAUAUGGGUUUCGCCAGACUCUUCAACUCUCCCCUCAAGCCGCUGGCGGACCUCGACCCCGUGGUGGUGACGUUCUGGUACAGGGCCCCCGAGCUCCUGCUGGGGGCCCGGCACUACACCAAAGCUAUUGAUAUUUGGGCAAUCGGCUGCAUCUUUGCGGAGCUGCUAACGUCGGAGCCCAUCUUUCACUGUCGCCAAGAAGACAUCAAGACCAGUAACCCGUUCCAUCACGACCAGCUCGACCGGAUAUUCAGCGUCAUGGGUUUCCCUGCAGAUAAGGACUGGGAAGACAUCAGGAAGAUGCCGGAGUACCCGACUCUGCAGAAGGACUUCAGGAGGACAACGUACGCAAACAGCAGCUUAAUCAAAUACAUGGAGAAGCAUAAAGUCAAACCCGACAGCAAAGUUUUCCUGUUGCUCCAGAAACUCCUCACCAUGGACCCCACCAAAAGAAUCACGUCGGAGCAGGCGCUGCAGGACCCGUACUUCCUGGAGGACCCGUUACCGACCACCGACGUGUUUGCCGGGUGUCAGAUCCCCUACCCAAAACGAGAGUUUCUCAACGAAGACGAGCCGGAGGAGAAAACGGAGAAGAACCAGACUCAGCAGCACCAGCAGACGACAGGCCAGACUCAGGCCCAGAACCAGCAGCAGACCACAGCCCAGCAGGCGCCCUCUCAGCAGAGCUCUGCCCAAACAAACGGCACCACCGGGGCCACGGGGGCCACCACCGGCGGCGGUUUACAACACGGCCAGGACCAGGGGCCGCCCAACAAGAAACCUCGAAUCGGGCCCUCUGGGGCCUCCUCAGGCACCGGGGUGCUUCAGUCAGAGUACCAGCACUCUGGCUCCCGCCUUGGUUACCAAAGCAACGUCCAAGGUUCAACUCAGCCCCAGAGCACCAUGGGAUACUCGUCGUCAUCCCAGCAGAGCUCCCAGUACACCCACCAGACGCACCGUUACUGAGGCUCCCGGUCACUCCUGAACCAGCAGAGGAGUCAGCUCCUCCUCCUCCUCCUCUUCCUCCCCCUCCUCCUUCAGACAGCCCUCAGCAACCUCAGCAGACGUCACCGGGCGCCCUCGGCUCCCACGUCCUGGGACUUCCCUCUGUGCAUUACAUCAUUCCAAGCCCCUCCUCCUCCUCCUCCUGCUCCUGCUCCUGCUCCUGCUCCUCCUCGGCCUCCCUCAUCUCCUCUCACCUGACGGCCUUCACUGGCGCUGUAACAUGAAGGCAAACCAACAUAGGAACCAAAAAAAAAAAAAAAAAGUCGUGGCUCAUCAGGCUGGUGAACCGUCGUUAAAUGAACUGAAAAUAAUGUAAGAUAGAUGUGAAGGCGUCACACACAGACUCAGAACCGUGGCACUUACAAACACGACGUUCCUCACCAGGAAGAAUCGCAGCUGUGUUCAUACAUGUACAUUAUAUAUUAUAGCACCUUUUUAAUUUGAGCUCUGUUUUUUUUCUCGCUUGUUUGCUAGAGUUUUCAAGUUUACCUUGAUAGUUGAUGUCAUUGUAAAUAUUGUUACAUAUGGAAACUACCAGAUGAAGCAGAGGAGGGGAAAGGCCUCCACUGUCAUCUCUAGUGUACUAUCACCUUGGAUAAUCAAAGAAAGGUUGGAGCUCACCCAGGAAGGAAAACAGAUCCAGAGUCAGUGUUUCUACACAGAAAAAAAAAAUCAGCUCUGACGCUGAUGCGAUUGCAGGGAAAUAUUCAACGCGCAACUUAACUUAAUCCUCUUCUUAGAGGGUUUUCUGUAUUUAAAGCUCUUUAUCUAGAUUUGGAUUUGGAAAAUAAGAACAGUAGUUGUUUUGUUUUUACAACUCGCAGGGUCUGUGUGUCCUUCAGAGGCGAGAAGCCUCCCACCGCCUCUCGUCGCAGCUCCGGAGGGUUUUGAUGGACACUUUGCUCUGACACCCGUCUUCUCGUGGACCCGUUAAGACUUAAAGGUUUCUGAACACGACCGUGCACAUAAAUGUACAGGGCAGCUAACAGUACAGCCCCCCCCCCCCCCCCCCCCCCCCUUACUCUUAUACGCUCCUUGAGACUGUUACUGCCUGAUGUCAGAUUGUUUUUUUAAGGUUUUAUUGUUAUCAUUGAUGCCCUGUGAGUGUGUGUAAGCGUGUGUGUGUGUGUGUGUGUGUGUGUAAGCGUGUGUGUGUGUGUGUGUGUGUGUUUUUUAUGCAUGUCGUUUAUCCUUUUACUUACUAGAACUGCACUGACCGCUGAACCAAUCUGCAAAGAGCUGGAACAAAUGCUUGGGGUGAGUUUUGUCGCCCUCCUGCUCUCUGACCCUCUGACCUUCAGUCCGAGCGCUGACAGACGUCUGACUGACGCCGGGUCACGUUCAAAGACAGUGGGUGCGUUUUUUUAAUACACGCCUGAAGUGAUGUAAAACGUGCACCGGCCCUGCAGCAAAGGAUUCACUUUUUUAUUUCUUUUCCAAACAAAAAAAAACCCCAGUAACAUCAAACAGAAAGACAUGAACAGAAGAGGUAACGAUAAUUAAAUAAUUAAAUAAUUAAACUUAGAAAAUAAGUUCCUCCAGCUGCAUCAGUCCCCGUCAUGUGCACUGCAGUGCCUCUGCUCCUUUCACGUCUCCAGCAAAUGAAUCUGAAUCUCGCCAUUUUACAGGGAGUCCAGUUUCCCUUUGUGAUCCUGUAGGUGUUUAACCGAGUCUGCACUUCCCUUAAUGUCGUUCACCCCCCCCCCCCCCCCCCCAAGCUCUUGUGGGUGAGAUCGUCUUGUAAAACUAUAAAAUCUAGUUUUUAAGGAUUUAGUUUUUUUAUAUGCCAGCCAGAGGUGGAAUGUAACAGUGAGUCCAUUCACACGACACGAAAGACUCUUCUUCUCUUCUUCUCCGGAGGUGACACUCGUUUACACGUCAUCAGCUGUUUUUUCUUCCAGCUUGUUUUCUUGGCUAGGACCAGUUGCCAGGCAACCAGCAGCGACUCCAGGAAGUUAUUGGUCCUGGUCAAGAAAUAUCAAAUGGCUAAAGAAAACAAACAAAUAAGUGCGUUUCUCAAAAUGUCAAAACAUUUCCUUUAAGUAUGAAUCGGAGGAUUUCUAUUUCAUGCUACUUUAUACUUCUGCUGCACCACAUGUCAUGUCUACAUUUAGUUAGGAGCUUCAGAUUCUGUUUACGUUGCCAACCGUACAGUAUGAUCACAUCCUUUAUGCCUUUAUUUGAUAGGGAAGGUGGAGAGAGAGAGUGGGGGAGCUGAGGGUCCAGCCGGCUGGGAGUCGAACCUGUGACUCAGGGCUCAUUAUGCCCGUGUGGUGCGCUCCCCUAACCACGCAGCCGAUUUAAAAUCUUCUUCUUAUCCAGUCAUUUUAGUCCACAGUUGAACCCGAACAUCACAGCUUUGUUUCAAGUAUUUUCUAAAAUGAAGUUGAUAAUAAUUAUUGCUCUGUUGGACUGAACUCAGGAGCUGCAACAGUAAAAUGCUUAGAUGUGCGGUCACCAAUGAUAAUAAUACAGUAGUAUAUCUAUAUUUAUAACACUAUCAAAUGGUGGUUUUGCGUUCUCUCUUCCUCUUUUCAUUCCCUCACAUCUUCCUCCUGCGUGGUUAUAUGAGCAGGAUGCAUUAAAGAACGCACCCAGUGACUCUUCACUGCAACUGUGUUUGUACUGGACACAGCUGGGUGUGUGUGUG